AUGUUUGGCUUACUUUUUAAGAAUAUUAAAAUAUUUUCACUUUUUAAAAUUUCAAAUUCUCUUUCAACAAAUUUUCUUCAAGUAUUCUCUAGAAUGAAAAUGGAUAUAAUCAUCAUUACAUAUGUACCAUUAAUAGAUAAUUACAUUCCUCGUUUUUCAAGACAGUACAAUAAAGACAUGUUAAGACGCAUCUGCGUCCAAAAGCGAGAGAGAAGGGAUGAAAACGAAGACUGUGAAAACAUAGCAUACGUAAUAGUUACUCUCGCGUUGAAGGCAAUCGUCGAUUGGAAUGCACAUCGAGAAAAAGACUCGUUACGUUCUACGUGUAAUUUAACAAUUAAGAGAAGAUCAAAGUCGAGGAUACAAAAGUAUAUAUUAUACGACAACCUGUAUAUUACUUCGUCUCAACCGUUGACAAUCGCACGUUCCUUUUCGUAUGAGCCAGACUGUGUAAUUGCAUCACACAUACUCGCGACUGAUGUUUGACUCAAGAGGAAACAAACAGAAAACACGAAGAAAAGAUCUUGGAUUGGACUGAAUUGUAACAAACAUGAAUGAAUAAUGAAUUUCUAUUUGAAUUGAAAUGAGAAGAAAAAAAAUCUACGAGAUGAAUUUAAUUAAAGUUCAAGAGGAAGAGGUUGAAUAAACGGCCAUAUCAAAUUAUAUCGUAAACUUUCUUAUUGACUAAUAUUUUUUUCUUCGAUAAAUUCUCUAUUUUUGUAGGAUUUAAUUGAAGAACAAUUAUCACAGAGCUAUAAUAUUUGAAUGUUCAUUCCAUGUUUUGGGAAAUAAUAAGAAAGAUAAGAUAUCAUAAUUUGGAAUAAAUAAUAUUUUCAAGUUAAUUAUAAAUUUUCAAAAAACAAAGAAAUUUUUCAAAUCUUUCCUAUCUACUUAUAGGAAAAUCUUGUAAACGACAGCUGCGAAAGCGAGUCGAUGAAAAAUCAAUAGCCGCGAAAACUUCCGCCUCGAAGCAAUGUCUGUCAGCUGUCGUUUACAAUACCCACGGCAUGUAAUAGUACAAUGCAUAAAAUAACUGGAUAUUAUUAUUAUAAAAUUGACGAUAUGUUUUAAUCAAGAAUGUCGUGAACGUGCUAAAGGAGGAACUUCUUCAAGCUUUGGAGAAACCGAAAAGUAUGAUUUUCUUUUGAAAUUUUUU